AUGAGCCGCAAGACGCAGCCCCGCAGCCCGGGACUCCUGCUGCCGGCCGCCCGAUGCCGGAGCGCCCCCUCCAAGCGGCUGCUGCUGCAGGACGGCUCCAGCGAGGACGCCCCAGCGGCCAAGUGCCCCCGGCUCUCCGAGUGCCCCAGCAGCCCCCAGGACUGUCUCAGUGCGCCGGGCUCGCCGUGCGCCCCCGCCUCGCCGGGCAGCGGCCCCACGCCGGGCAGCGCCCAGAGCCCCAGCCUCAUUGCCGGCUACCUGCUGCUGCCCCUGGCCGACAGGGAGCAUGUGUCCCGGGCGCUCAACAUCCACACGGGCCAGGAGCUGCGCUGCAAGGUGUUCCCUCUCAAACACUACCAGGACAAAAUUCGACUUUAUGUUCAGCUGCCAUCUCAUAAAAAUAUCACUGGGGUAGUGGAAGUGAUUCUGGGGGACACCAAGGCCUAUGUCUUCCUUGAGAAGGACUUUGGGGACAUGCACUCCUAUGUGAGGAGCUGUAAAAGGCUGCGAGAAGAGGAGGCUGCCAAGCUGUUCAAGCAGAUCGUCUCAGCUGUAGCUCACUGCCACCAAUCGGCCAUUGUGCUGGGUGACCUCAAGCUCAGGAAAUUUGUCUUUUCUACUGAAGAAAGGACUCAGCUGAGACUAGAAAGCCUAGAAGACACUCACAUCAUCAAGGGGGAAGAUGAUGCUCUGUCAGAUAAACAUGGCUGCCCAGCAUAUGUCAGCCCUGAGAUCUUAAACACAACAGGGACCUACUCUGGAAAAUCAGCUGACGUUUGGAGUUUAGGAGUAAUGCUGUAUACCCUCCUAGUAGGACGCUAUCCCUUCCAUGACUCAGACCCUAGUACUCUGUUUUCUAAAAUCCGCCGUGGACAGUUCUGUAUUCCUGAUCAUGUCUCUCCCAAAGCCAGAUGCCUCAUUCGUAGCCUGCUGAGACGGGAACCCUCAGAAAGACUCACUGCUCCAGAGAUCUUGCUUCAUCCUUGGUUUGAAGCAGUUUUGGAACCUGGAUAUGUAGACCAGGAUAUAGGAACUUCUGAUCAAAUUGUUCCAGAGCAUCAUGGAGACAGUGAUGAUAUAAGUUCCUUCUUCUGUUAG